UUCGUUCAUUGACGUGGUGUUGGGCUAGUUUAGCUACAUCAGUACAUAUGUCCACUUUUUUAUUAUUUUUACUGGUGGAAUGUGAGGUGAAAUACUAGAUAUUUCACAUAUACUACGUGGGAGCAGUUAUGGCUGAAGAAGAACCGCCUCACUGGUCGGAUAUUUUGAAAAGGAGGAUAAUGAACUUCAAAAAAGAUGAGAGAAGCGAAGAGGAAAAGAAAGCAGAGGAGACGAAACUUUUCACAAAGUAUUACACAGAGUGGAAGGGAGGCAAAGACGGAGACGAGUCCUACAAGAGCAUCCCACGGUUCUACUACAGGCUACCAGCAGAUGAUGAAGUGUUACUUCAGAAGUUGAGAGAGGAAUCCAGAGCUGUUUUCCUCCAGAGGAAGAGCAGAGAACUGCUUGAUAAUGAGGAACUGCAGAAUCUGUGGUUCCUGCUCGAUAAGCACCAGGUUCCUCCACUGAGUGGAGAUGAAGCCAUGAUCAGCUAUGAAGCGUACCUGCAGGUGGGGGACAAGGCUGGGCCCAAGUGCAACAAAUUCUUUACAGCUAGAGUUUACGCCAAGCUGCUCCACAACGACCCUUACGGCAGAAUCUCCAUCAUGCAGUUCUUUAACUAUGUCAUGAGGAAAGUGUGGCUGCAUCAGACCCGGAUAGGUCUGAGUCUGUAUGACGUGGCAGGGCAGGGCUACCUUAGAGAGUCGGAUUUGGAGAACUACAUCCUGGAGCUCAUUCCCACUCUGCCUCAGCUUGACGGACUGGAGAAGUCCUUCUACUCUUUCUACGUCUGCACUGCUGUUCGCAAGUUCUUUUUCUUCCUUGACCCACUUCGAACUGGAAAGAUUAAAAUCCAGGAUAUAUUGGCUUGCAGUUUUCUGGAUGAUUUAUUGGAGCUGAGAGAUGAGGAGUUAUCUAAGGAGAGUCAGGAGUCCAACUGGUUCUCGGCACCAUCAGCUCUCAGAGUCUACGGUCAGUACCUCAACCUGGAUAAGGACCAUAACGGCAUGUUGAGCAAAGAGGAGCUUUCACGCUACGGCACAGCGACUCUCACUCCAGUCUUCCUGGACAGAGUGUUUCAGGAGUAUCUCACCUACGAUGGAGAAAUGGACUAUAAGACCUACCUAGACUUUGUAUUGGCCUUGGAAAACAGGAAGGAGCCCGCAGCACUGCAGUACAUCUUUAAACUUCUGGAUAUGGAGAAUCAAGGAUACUUGAAUGUCUUCUCUCUCAACUACUUCUUCAGGGCCAUUCAGGAGCAGAUGAAGCUGCACGGUCAGGAGCCGGUCACCUUCCAGGAUGUCAAGGAUGAGAUCUUUGACAUGGUGAAGCCUAAGGACCCAUAUAAAAUCACUCUGCAAGAUUUGGUAAACAGUUGCCAGGGCGACACCGUCAGUAGCAUCCUGAUCGACCUGAACGGCUUCUGGACGUAUGAGAACAGGGAAGUGUUGGUCACUAACGACACUGACAGCAGUAACACAGCUGAUCUCGAUGACUCCUGACAGUCUUUGAUGAGCUCGACGGUUUCCACUCCCAACAACAAAAUAAGCCAAGGACAUUUAACCUUUACCCACUGACUCAGGUCUUACUGGUUACACAGAAACUAAAUAACAUGAGGUGGAAGUGGAGGAAGGAAGGAGAGUGAGACUUUGAGUUUUGUGUAAAUAUUGCUCUGUGUUCCAGUUGUAAAAUCUACCUAAUAUAUUUUUGUCUUUUCAAAAUAAAUGUUUUUUUUUCCUCUGA